GCGGUCAUCCAAGACAGUGCGUUAUUCAAAAAGCCCAAAAUAUAAUUCAAGUCUCAUUCGUAACUGUGACCUAUGACUACGAUCACAUUGCCCUAUUUUAAAAUACCUACUGACCAUUAAUUUGAAAAAUUAGUUUUAAUUCACUGAAAAGAAUAAAGUAUGUCUUCACCAUCAAAGAAAUCGAAACCAUCUUUUCAAAUUGAUGAUCUUAUUCUUCAUCCUAAUGUAAUUUAUAAACUAAAAGAAGCUGGUUUGUUAACAUACAAAAGUAUUCUGCAUUUAUCAUUGACUGAGUUGAUAAAAUUCGUAAAACUCACACCUUUAGAAGCUAAAACUACUCUAGAUGCAGUUUUCGAGUCACUGGUUAAAAAAGAAUCGUUAACAGCUCAUGAUCUGUUGAAAGAGGAAAUAAAUGCACGUCAACAACUUAGGGUUAUAACCCAAAAGGACUCAUGUGAUCUGUUUAGUGGUAUUUAUACCGGAACUAUAACUGAAAUAAGUGGUGAAAGUGGUUGUGGAAAAACUCAGUUAUGUCUUUAUUUAAGCAUUUUAGCCCAACUACCAUUGUCCAUGGGAGGAUUAAAUUCAAAAGUAGUUUACAUCCACUCUGAAGGAGAAUUUCCAAUAAAAAGAUUUCUGCAGAUUUCAAGAAGUUUUACAGAAGAAAAUCCAAAUUUGCAAGCUUUGAAUUUGACAAAUAAUCUUAUUCUUAGAAAAGUACACAAUUUG